AUGACGCCCUCUGAGUCGAAGUCGGAGUUCAACACGCAGGAAAGCGCGACCGACGCCCCGCCUACCCAGCAGUCCUCGCCGGACGCGUUGCGUGUACCGGGGACUCCCCAGGCCUUCGUCAGCGAGGUCAACGAAGAGCUGCCCGGGAAUAACGUCAAUGCGGAUGUGCAGGCCAUCCAGGACUCACGGGCGUCCGCUGGCCUGAGCGACAAUGCAGAGACAAUUGGUUCUCCUGUCCGGCAGGCGGCUGACGAGGCAGACACGCUGGAAGAUGCGGAGCUCGGAAGCUCGAUGGACGCGUUGGACUUGAACGUCGUCGAUGUCAGUCAAAUCCCGGAACUUGUUGAAGCUGUGCCUGAAUACACACUGCUCCUCGCUACCAGUGUGCGUGUUCCGGGCCAAAUGAGAACACGGACCGAGGCAGGUAGCGACGCGGGAGAUAGCGACGAUGACGACGAAUACCCGACGGACUCCGACUCGGAUUCGGGGGAGCAUGAUUCAGGUUAUGAGCGCACGAUUCCCGCCCCUCGCGGCGUAGGCGAGGAUCUGAGUCCGGAGCCUGAGGCCUGA